AUGAUAAGGUUAGAGUGGGAGCAGUUUGUGACCACAAGGAAAAAGGGUGUCCAUGGAGAAUUUGGGCUUCCUGGGAUACCAAAAAAAACUAAGUUCAGUGUCAAAUCACAUGUUAGUGAGCAUACUUGUGGAAGAUCAUGUAAGGUUAGGAAAAUGACACCAACUUGGAUUGCACAUCAUUACCACAAUCAAUUUAAAGUCAACCCAUACAUGAGGCUACAUGACCUGAUGGAGACAGUGUGGUUAGAGUGGGGAAUCAGGAUCAACAAGUACUUGGCUUAUAAGGCAAGGAGAAGAGGGCAGGCUCUUAUUGUUGGGGAGUACAAGGAGCAAUAUACAUUGCUCCCUAGGUAUGCAACUGAGAUAUUAAGAAGCAACAAGGGCAACACAAUGAAACUCAAGCUGAAUGGGAAUGGUCCUUUUGGGGGGCAGUUAUUGGUAGCUGUUGGUAGGGAUGGGAACAACCAGAUGUUCCCAUUAGCUUGGGCUGUUGUUGGUGUUGAGAGCACUGACACCUGGAGCUGGUUCCUGCACCUACUAGGCUCUGACUUAGGAACAAGUGAAGGGGCAGGCUACACUUUCAUGUCAGAUCAGCAGAAGGGGUUAAUUGCAGCAAUCCAAGAGGUUUUUCCUCAAGCUGAGAGCAGGGUAUGUGCUAGACAUGUUUACAACAAUUUUAGGGAGGUUUUUGGAGGCAGCCUGGAAUUAAAAAAGCAAUUUUGGAUUAUUGCCAAAUCCACCACUGAGAAUGCAUUUCUUGAGAAGUUACAACUGAUGAGAGAGCUGUCACAUGAUGCUGCAGAGGAUUUGUUGAACAAAAAUUACAAAAAAUGGUGUAGGGCUUUCUACACUCCAAUGGCUUCAUGUGACAGUGUAGACAACAACAUGUCUGAAGUUUUCAAUGCAUACAUACUUAAAUGGAGGCACAAGCCUAUCAUCAGUAUGCUAGAGGACAUUAGAGAGAGCCUAAUGGAAAGAUUACACAAAAAGAGGGGCCUGAUCAAAGCAAGGGAUAUGAGUUUAUGCCCUAGGAUUCAGCAGCAGCUUGAGAAACACAAGGUCUGGGCUAGGGGCUGGAAUGCAUUUUGGGAUGGUGGUUUCUGCUAUGGAGUUAGGGAUGGGGCUACCCAAACCAAGUAUGUUGUGAACUUGGUGGACAGAACAUGCUCAUGUAAUGCAUGGCAGGUGAGUGGCAUUCCCUGCAAACAUGGGGUGGUUGCCAUUUGGAAUAAAGUGGAGCAACCAGAGCAGUAUGUCAAUGACUACUUCAAGACACACUACCAUGCAAAAGCCUAUGACCACCAACUUGAGCCAUUAAAUGGUCCACAAGAAUGGCCUGUUGGUACCUGUACUGUCACCCCUCCUGAGUUGAAAAAGGUGCACAAUAGGCCAAAAACCAAGAGAAGACCUUCUGCUGGUGAGGUGAUUAUACAGGGGAAGGUUAGGAAGACUGGGGCUAGGAUCACUUGCAGCUUGUGUGGGUUGCAGGGGCACAACAAGGUCACAUGCAGAAAUGCACCAAGGGAAAGGCACACAGCUCCAAACACAUCUAGUCAAGCCCAAACUGACCCUGCCCCUUCAAUUCCUAUGCACAACAGAGGGGUUGGUGUGUACACCUACCCUAAUGGCUUCCAAAGACAAGCAAUUCCAAUUACUACACAAAUGCCUAGACAGUCCAGAGGUGCUGCAUUUUACUCUGAUAAUGAAGGGCAGCAGACUGUACCUAGGACUGAGAUUUUGAUGCAGUGCAAGCUUCUUCGUGGUCAAUAUUUUUUUUUGGAUGUUCAAGAGCUGCUGUUUGUUCAUGGAACUCGAAGAUUUAUAGCCUUCAUUUCUGAUAACGGCUAG